CUUUCAAUUGAAGUGUUAUCGUUUGUGUUUGGUUCAAAUUCACACAUUGGUUAUUUUGUUCUUGUGUCUUGUACACGCUUGCGUUUUUCAUUUCUUUAAUUUUUCGACUAACUAACUGAUAAAGUGUCUUCAGUCUCUAGUCUCUGUCUGACCCUGAUGUAACUUUAAACCCUUGUUUUAUAAUUAAAACAUCUGACCGACAUUGUUGUUGGUUCAUAUUGACUUGGAUAAAAGAGUGCAGUUUUAAAAAUUUCUCUCCAUGGGUGUUAUCACAUUUUCUAUACUUCUAUGAAUUUAAUUAAAAUUAAUAGUUUCUCGCUUUAGGUCAUUUUACAUAUUUCUUUAGAACUUUUUCCGAAUCUUAGCAUUAUGGAUGUCUUUACUUUGAUUGGUCUAUUUGUCAUUUUAUAUCUCUUCAUCUAUUUACUCGUCCUAUCUUUUGCUGACUGUGAUUUUGGGCUGGCUUUUGCUGAAACGUUCGGGCAGAAAAUAGGUGUGUUGAGAGGUAAAGUAGUCUGGAUAACAGGAGCAUCAAGUGGCAUCGGUGCCAGUUUAGCUGAAGCCCUCGCUGCCAAUGGGGCCAAACUGGUACUAUCCGCUAGGAAUGCUGGGAACCUGAGCAAAAUCAAACAAAAAUGUAUUGCUGCAGGAUUGGCAGCCACGGAUGUACUCAUCCUUCCCAUGGAUAUGCUGGAAGUUCACAAACACGAACAGUAUUUUCAACAAGUUAUCGCCCAUUUUGGUCAGUUGGACGUUCUAGUCAACAAUGCCGGCAGAUCCCAGAGAGCAGUCUGGGAGAACAUAGCCAUCUCAGUAGACAGAGACAUCUUUGAGCUCAACGUGUUCAGUGUGAUCUCACUGUCUCGGCUGGCUGUGCGCUACUUCAAUGAGAAGGGCGGGGGCCACUUGGUGGUCAUGUCUAGUCUGGCGGGGGUAGUGGGGGCCCCCUACUCCGGCUCUUACACAGGCACCAAGCACGCCAUCAUGGGUUACUUUGAGUCACUUCGCCUAGAGAGGAUGGGGCAACGAGGACCUGAGGGACAACUGGCGAUUACGUUGUUGUGUCCGGGACCUGUCUUCAGCAACGUGCUUAGCGAGAGCUUCACAGACAUGCCAGGACAGAAGUUUAACCAGCAGCAGGAGCCGACAGAUAAGCGAAUGACGACGCAACGCUGCGCCAAGCUGUGUGCGAUCGCCAUAGCCAACCGUCUGGACGAGGCUUGGAUGGGCUUGUUUCCUGUGGUGCCUCUGUGCUAUGUCCUGCGCUACUACCCUUAUCUGGCUAAAAAAUUAUCUCAGGUCAUGUCUGGCCAAUAUCUGCAGAAAAUAAGAGACAGUAGGGUAACUGUCAAGGACCAAAACAAGACAGAUUAAAAUUUGAACGGUUUAUGCAAGUGACGAAAUUCAGCUACUUUCAGAAGUUGAGAGAUGGUCGAACAACUGUCGAAGUUUAAGGAGCACUAGUUUAAUCCAUAAACCAUUAGUCAUAUUGCUAAUUUCUUGCUUGAUGGCAUGGGGUUGGACUGCCCAAUUGAAGGAUGUCUUUAAUGUAUUGAACACUGUGUUAGUGGUAGCAGCUAGACAUUUUAUACUGUAUACAAUAAUUGUUGCUUGAAAUAUUUAACUUUCAAUCAAAGGCUUGUUUAAGUUUUAAAAUUGGUCGUUUGGAUCACAAGAUGAAGAAUGUGCUUGGAUUUAGUAAAGCCGUGUUUUACAGUGCAAGACAGUUUUAUUUUUUGGUUGUUUUAUUCAAAAAUGUUUUUGGAAAUAGAAAGAACAGUAAUGUAUCUUUUAAAAGCUCAAAGUUACUGUUAAUGAAACAGGAAUAUAUGAAUAUAUAUUUUUUGUGUACCUUUAAACCGUAUACACUUUGCUAUGAUUGGUCGUAAACUUUAUCCUACAAGAGAGGUUUUUAAGACUUAAAGCUAGAACAUUCCGUCCUGAAGAGUGGUUGUAUUUUAUUUUCCAUAUCUUAAACCUAGCAUUUUAUCCCAAAUCGUGUUCAGGGUACCUACUUAUACGUUAACUUGUUAAAACCCUAUUUAGUCUUAAGAAAAGCCUUUGUUCAAGGCAUCUAGUUAUUUUUAUUUGUUUAACAGUUGUUUAGUUUAGUGCCAAAGUUAUCACUUUUAGCUUUAUGUUUGUUAUGUUAUGUUAUAUUAAUAAAAUAAACAUUUUUGAACUUUGAA